UUCCCCCUUCCUUAAAAAUGCUGUGUCUGUGCGUCCCUCCCUCAUAUCGUCUGAGGCCCGGCUACAAGGAUGGACUGUGCUCUGCUGCUGCUGUCCCUGUGGGCUCUGUCUGGAACGGUGUCCCCGCAGGCGCCAGGGUCGUGUCCGGAGAGACUUCUUGGAGAGGAGCGGAGGAGGACGACGUGUCCUCGGCCCUGCAAGGUUGACAAAGACUGUGGCAACAAGCGCCAGUGUCUGUGUGACGGCCAGUGUGGUCUCAGCUGUGUGGUUCCAGGUCGAACUUGUCCCUGGCCUCUGCCCGCCAGCGACAACUCAGAGGCUAGCCUCCUCUCUCCCACUCACUCCUUCUCCGCCCUGCUUGAAGUGCGCUGCAAGCCAGGAUUCACGCUGCCCAAUGGCUUGGAUGCCACUAUUCGCCGUUGUCAAGGUGACCGACAGUGGAGUGGGGAUGAGCCCAUCUGCACAGAGACUCGCUCACCUGAGGUACCUGCUGCCGCCCAAACCUGCCCUCUGCCUGAAGAGAUCAUCAACACCUUCAGCAUCCAGGGCGACGCUACAGCAGGAACCUCCAUCCGCUACAGCUGCCUGUCUGGAGCGGAUAUAGUGGGGAGCAGUGAAAACUUCUGCCAGGAUAAUCAGACCUGGCAGUACCCUCACCCCAUCUGUAAAAAAGUGUACUGCCAGCCUCCUCGAGAGGUGGAGCAGGGCUACGUGGUGGCUGUCCAGAAAACUGAAUAUGAAGUUGGCUUCGACAUCCACUACCUCUGUAAAAAGAACUUCCUGCUGGACGGACCCCAGAAGGUCACCUGCCUGUCCAACAGCAGCUGGAGUGCAUCGCCCCCAUACUGCAGAGCUCGCUGUCUCAUCCCUGCCGAGAGAAGCCGCGUGGUGAUCGGUGGAGUGAAGCGCUGGCCGUUCGACGUCACGGACGCCGUGGUUUCUCACGGGGAAAAUGUGACGUUCUACUGCAAACACCCUCGUAAGCAGUGCAGCUUCACUGCAACCCAAACCUGCUUCGAUGGAGAGCUGCAGCCACCGGCCUGCUACCUCGAGCCCACCUGGUUCCAGUAUAAGCUCUUCCCUCACCGGCUGGUGUCAGAGAUUGAAGCAUGUGAGCCCGAUGACGUGGAGUGAUGACCUCCUCGACGACACUCACGACACCGUGUCACAAUAUGACACACACACUCCUCACACACAGCAUCACCUCCUUCUCCACUCCGCAGCUUUGCUUAAACUAUCCAUGCUAUCCGAUUGUGGUCGGUCUGAAACAUCUUCCACAGCUCUUGUGGCUCCUGUGUUUGUGGCAUCACGGGUUCGAACAGUGCUCGUGACCUUUAGUCCCCUCUCUCUCAUGCAUACUAUCAAACUGCGGCUGCAAUUAUAAUCUGCAAAGCCCCUCAAGUAUUAUUUUGAUUCUCCUCCAGCUUGAGCCAACGCGUACUGUCGAUGCAAUCCAUAUGAGGGUGUACAGUAUAUAUAUAUAUAUAUAUAAUGCAUGGAUACAUGCUAUAAUAACUCAUAAUGGCUUGACUCUGUGAUAUAUUUCACUGUGUGAUAUUUCUUUUCCUCUGUUGACGCAUCAAGUCUUGAGGCUUGUAAGUUUUUUGAUGAUGUGAAAUAAAGUAAUGUGAAAUUUG